AUUAGUUUAGUAUCUGCUGGUGAACAAGUGAAGUGAAGACUUAUAAAUUUUAUUUAAAUCUUGGACUCUUAUCAUUUUAUAGAUUUGAAAGAUUUAGUUUAAAGCGAACGAGUAAUGAUUAACAUUCGACCACUUACACCUGCACUUGCUGCGGUUGCUGCAAAAGAACUCAAUGAGACUCCCGAACGACUAGUCAGUGACCUUCGUGCAUUGAAGGAAUGGAUAAAGCAAUCGCCACAUCUUUAUGUUCGAACAGAUGAUCAGUUUCUUGUGUCAUUCUUGAGAGGCUGCAAAUACAGUUUAGAGAAAGCUAAGCAAAAAUUUGAUCUUUAUUACACGAUAAGAACUUUUAUGCCAGAAGUCACGAUGAAUCGUGAUCCGCUCGAUGAGAGAUUGCAAACGAUCAUAAGAUUAGGAAUUGGUCUUCCCCUUCCCUUCACAGAGAAACCUGACAGUCCUCGACUUAUUUUAAUUCGUCCUGGAGCUUAUGAUGCAAGUCAAUUUAGUCUUCCUGAAGUGUUUAAAAUUAGCAACAUGAUCCAAGACAUUCUCAUGCGGGAAGACGACAAUUACAUGAUUGCUGGUCAAAUCGGUAUCUUGGAUUGUUCUGGAGUUACCAUGGCACAUUUCAUGCAAUUUAAUCCAACGUUUAUCAAGAAGAUAACGUUAAUGAGUCAGGAAGCGUCACCAACGAGACAGAAAGGGUUUCAUUUUAUAAAUACACCUUACGGCUUUGAUUCUGUUUUCAAUGUCUUCAAAAGUUUCAUUAAUGAUAAGAACAAAACGAAACUUUAUGUACAUGGAAGUAACUUAAGCUCACUCUAUAAAGAGAUUCCCAAAAAACUGAUGCCAAACGAAUAUGGUGGCACUGCUGGUAGUGUUGAAAGUAUCAUCAAUACAUGGGAAAAGCGAAUAAUUUCUUAUCGUGACUACUACAAAGAAGAAGAGAAAUUUGGCGUCGAUGAGAAGAAGCGAUUAGCUCGCAAAAAUUCUCCUGAUCACAUUUUUGGUGCUACUGGAAGUUUCAGACAAUUGGAAGUUGAUUAAAAGUAAUUUUCUUUUAUUCUAUACUUCAUCACAAUUAAAUAAAUAAAUUUAGUUAAAUAAAACUUUCUGUUGAU